AUGACCCCGGAGGAGGACGGCGCUCGGGCACCGGCCAGCGUGCGUAUCCGUGUGGAGGGGCAGCUGUUCUCGGUGGAGAAGACCCUGCUGGUGGAGAGCAGCGAGUAUUUCCGUGCCCUGUUCCGCUCGGGCAUGAAGGAGAGCACGCAGGAGGAGAUCGUGCUGGGGGAGCUGAGCGCCGCCGGGUUCCUCGCCAUGCUGCGGGUGCUGGCGGGCGAGCGGCCGGUGCUGGGCGGCGAGGAGACCUUCCAGGCGGUCGAAUGCGCCGCCUUCCUGCAGGUGAAGCCCUUGGCCAAGUACCUGAUCAACACCAUCAACUCCGACAACUGCAUCCUGCUGUACCAAGCCGCGGCCAUAUUCGGCCUCCUGGACCUCUUCCACUGCGCCGCACUCUACAUCAGGGACAGCUACGCCGAGCUGGAGGACUACCUGGACUGCCUCUCCGCCGACCUGCUGGCCUAUGUGGAGGCCCUCCUGCCCAGCUCCUUCGUGGCUGUGGGAGCCCACACUCCCACCUUCGAGUUCCUGGAGGACCUCUCCAGGACCAUCUGCUACCUGGACGAGGAGGCCAACACGUGGAGGACCCUCUCCUGCCUGCCGCUGAGCGCCAGCACGUUCCUAGCCGGCAUGGCGACCAUGGACAACAAGAUCUACAUCGUGGGGGGCGUCUACGGGGCCAGCAAGCAGGUGGUGGAGAGCAGCUUCUGCUACGACGCGGACACCAACGCCUGGAGCGAGUUCCCCAGCCCGCACCAGCUGCGCUACGAUGUCAGGCUGGUGGGCCACGAGGGCUGCCUCUACGCCAUCGGCGGCGAGUACGAGAAGAUCUCGCUGAAGUCCGUGGAGCGCUACGAGGUGUCCUCCAACACCUGGACCUUCGUCUCCGACCUGCCGCAGCCGAGCUCGGCCGCGCCCUGCGCCCAAGCCCUGGGGCAGAUCUUCGUCUGCCUGUGGAAGCCGCUGGACACCACCGUCAUCUACGAGUACGAGAGCCAGCAAGACGCCUGGCUUCCUGUCACCGAGCUCAAGCGGCAUCAGAGCUACGGGCACUGCAUGGUGGCCCACCGCGACAACCUCUACGUCAUGCGCAACGGCCCCUCGGACGACUUCUUGCGCUGCGUCAUCGACUGCUUCAACCUGACCUCGCGGCAGUGGACGGCUCUGCCCGGGCAGUUCCUGAACAGCAAAGGAGCUCUCUUCACCGCCCUCAUCAAGGGCGACACGGUCUACACGGUCAACAAGAUGCUGACGCUCCUCUACUCGGUGGAAGAGGAGACCUGGAGGUUCAAGAAGGAGCGGGCGGGUUUCCCGCGCAGCGGCUCCCUGCAGACCUUCCUCCUGCGGCUGCCGCGGCGCGACCACGACGUCGCCACGUAGGCGGCCCCGUCCCACCGCGGGAUGCUCCCCUCGCACCUGGCCGCUCCCCUGGGCUCCUCUCCUCCUCUGCGGGGCUGUGCCCGGGUCCAUGUAGGUGUCACGUUGGACCUGGAGGUGACACUGGCCCUGCCAGAGGGGAAGGGGCUGCAGGCUCUCACGGCAGCCGUGCACAAAGUCCCACCAAAUGUGAGCCAACAGCAUGCAGGGCUCUGUGGCUCCUGCACAGGACAGGCUCUGGAGAGGUGCAGAUGUUAGUUUUGCCGAUUUUGGCCCCACUCUGAAGGUGCGCAGCAUCCCACCUGCUCUCUGCUCUGCUGGGAAAUUAGUCUUUAUAUCCUGGAAUUAAAGGGAAAGCUGUAAAAAGC